GUGACACAGUGACGUUCUGCAUUGCCAGAGAAAGUCGGAUAACAUUUCUAACGAAUCUGCAUUGUUUUAAGUCCAGCACGUUUCACGUUAAUACGUGAUGGGUACCGUUCACAAAAGUCAGCACUGCGCCGCUUGAUGUCUGAUAUUUACACGAAUCAGCAGUUUCAACCAGUAAACUGUCGUGUUCCGUGAGCGUUCUGUCCAACAACCAAUUAGAAUUCCAGAAUCCAGCGUUCUAUCUGAAAGUUACACCAAUCAAACGCGGGACUGAGUCAAGGUUGGUUUGUGCGCAAGAACAGAGGAACUGCUGCUGUCACUGGAAAGCUGUCCAUCCAGCACCAUGGGAAAGAAGAGUCGGGUGAAGACUCAGAAGUCGGGCUUGGGAGCCAGUGCUGUGGUUUCCCCCAAGGAGAUGAUGAACCUCAUUUCUGAACUGCUUCAGAAAUGUAGCAGUGCAGCACCCUCUGCUGGUAAAGAGUGGGAGGAGUACGUCCAGAUCAGAGGCUUGGUGGAGAAGAUCCGUAAAAAACAAAAGGGAAUGUCAGUAGUGUUUGAGGGCAGCAGAGAGGACUACUUCCCAGACCUGAUGUCCUGGGCUCAGGAAAACGGAGCUUCCUGUGACGGCUUCACUGUGACCAACUUUGGUACAGAGGGCUACGGCCUGCGAGCCACCAGAGACGUCAAGGCAGAGGAGCUAUUCCUGUGGAUUCCCAGGAAGAUGCUGAUGACAGUGGAGUCGGCCCAGAACUCUGCAUUAGGUCCUCUGUAUAGCCAGGACCGGAUCCUGCAGGCCAUGGGCAAUGUGACGCUUGCCCUCCACUUGUUGUGUGAGCGGGCCAACCCCACUUCACCCUGGCUGCCGUACAUCCGCACUCUUCCUCAGGAGUACGACACGCCGCUGUACUACCAGCAGGACGAGGUGCAGCUGCUGCUGGGCACACAGGCAGUGCAGGAUGUCCUGAGUCAGUAUAAAAACACUGCACGUCAGUACGCCUACUUCUACAAACUGGUACAGACUCAUCCUGCUGCCAGCAAACUGGCCCUGAAGGACAGCUUCACAUUUGAUGACUACAGGUGGGCGGUGUCUUCAGUGAUGACCCGUCAGAACCAGAUCCCUACUGAGGACGGCAGCCGGGUCACUCUGGCCCUCAUCCCCCUCUGGGACAUGUGUAAUCACACCAAUGGACUGAUCACCACUGGAUACAACCUGGAGGAUGAUCGCUGUGAAUGUGUGGCACUGCAGGACUACAAGGAAAAUGACCAGAUCUACAUCUUCUAUGGCACGAGAUCCAAUGCUGAGUUUGUCAUUCACAACGGUUUCUUCUUCCAAGACAACGCCCACGACCGAGUGAAGAUCAAGCUGGGUGUUAGUAAGAGUGAACGCCUUUACGCCAUGAAGGCCGAAGUGUUGGCCCGAGCCGGCAUCCCAGCGUCCUGUGUCUUUGCUCUGCACUGUAAUGAACCCCCCAUUUCAGCCCAACUCUUAGCCUUCCUCAGAGUCUUCUGCAUGACAGAGGAGGAACUGAAGGACUACCUGCUUGGAGAUCGUGCCAUUAAUAAGAUCUUCACCCUGGGCAACAGUGAGUUCCCUGUCAGCUGGGAGAACGAAAUAAAGUUGUGGACUUUUCUGGAGACCCGAGCUGCUCUGCUGCUCAAGACCUACAAGACCACCUCAGAGGAGGAUCGCUCCAUGUUGGAGAAACCUGAUCUAUCUGUGCAUUCUCGCGUUGCCAUCCAGCUUCGCCUGGCUGAGAAGCAGAUCUUGGAGAAGGUGUCAGCCAGCGGACGGGCCAAGCGUCUGCAUUUCCAGAAGAAGCUGGAGGAGGGGGCACCUUUGCCUCACUAUGAGGAGAGCGAUAUUGCUUUGCUAGAGAAUACCAAUGCAGAUGCAAAGCUUCCUAUAAUCCUGCGCAAGCUGGAGGAGGUGGAGGAAGGCCAGGAGAUUGAGGUGGAGGAGCACAGUCACCUCCUGAAUGGGGAGAAGGUGAUGUACGGGAUGGAGGCUAAUGGAGAGACAGUGCAGGAGAAGGUCAGCAGAGAUGUUCGUUCAGCUUUGGACUCGACCGGAAGUGCAGACCAGAAAGGCCAAAGGGAAGUUGCCGACCGAAGUGCCAGUCGAACUGAAGAGAAUCCCAAAGAGAGGAGUGAAUAAAUAUAUUCCACUUACAGCCACAGUCCAUGCUAUUUAUUGGUUUUUCUGUCUCUUAAAUGACUCAGAAACAUAGAAGCUGAAAAAACCUUUUGGGACUGUAUGGUCAUCCAGUGUGGCUUUUCUUAGUUGUCUGCUGCUGAACUUGUCUACAAUGCUGCCAGUGUGUCCCUCAGUCUUCUGUGCAGAACAGUUUCAGAUUAAAAUGAGCUUUUCUUUAAUUUUAAAUUGUAAAUUCGUACUGAAACCGUGUGUGUCCUGCAGCAUAGGAAGAAAUCAGGCGUGGGAGGGGUGCAGAACAGAUCCCAGCAGAUACUUAGAUGAAGAAAAAAAAAACCAAAAUGGACUUAGGUGAAUGUUAUUUCCAUAAAGCCAAAACCCUUCUGAUGUUGUGAAUUGGUUGGUUUAU